GACUCAGCUGAGGUCACGUCUUCUGGGAGUCUUUCCAGAGCCCUGCAGACAGGGGGGGAUGUUACCAUCACUGACCUGCCUCUGGCCCUAGAACAGAUCCAGGGCAACGUCCAAGCUAAUGUGCCAGCUGGAGGCCAGGCCCAGGCAGGUGGCGCCAUUGUCAUUAGAAGAGUUGUAAUGGAGAGUUUUGGCCCUUCCGCCACGCCGUAGUCUGUCGCCGCACCUGUGCGCCAGCGGGCCGUACUGUGGUGCGGCUGGAGAUAUGUCGCUGUUGCGGUCUCUGCGCCUGUGCCUGGUCACGCGGACUGGGAGCCACCCGGCAGGGUCCCUUCUGCUUCAGUCGGCCCAGCCAUGGCGCACGUUUCAGGCUGGGCCCUGGCUAUCUUCCUCGGCCUCCAGCAAGGAGCUCCUUAUGAAUCUGCGUCGGAAAACAGGCUAUUCCUUUGUGAACUGCAAAAAAGCUCUGGAGACUUGUGGCGGGGAUCUCAAACAGGCAGAGAUCUGGCUCCAAAAGCAGGCUCAGAAAGAGGGCUGGAGCAAAGCUGCCAAGCUCCAUGGGAGGAAGACUAAAGAAGGUCUGAUUGGGCUGCUGCAGGAAGGCAAUAUGGCUGUGUUGGUGGAGGUAAACUGUGAGACAGAUUUUGUUUCCAGAAAUUUAAAAUUUCAAGAGUUGGUCCAGCAAGUAGCCCUGGGAACCAUGUUGUACUGUCAGAACUUAAAGGAUCAACUUUCCACAUACAGCAAAGCCUUCUUGAAUUCCUCUGAGCUUUCUGGACUUCCAGCUGGGCCUGACAGAGAUGGCUCCCUGAAGGAUCAGUUGGCCUUAGCAAUUGGGAAACUGGGAGAAAACAUGACCCUUAAACGAGCUGCAUGGGUGAAGGUACCAUCUGGGUUCUACAUUGGCUCUUAUAUCCAUGGAGCAGUGCACAGUCCUUCAUUCAACAACCUGGAACUGGGGAAGUAUGGAGCCCUGGUCAUCUGUGAGACAUCUGAGCCGAAAGCAACCCUCGAAGAUGUUGGCCGCCACCUUGGGCAGCAUGUGGUGGGCAUGGCCCCUCUGUCUGUUGGCUCCCUGGAUGAUGAGCCCGGGGGAGAGACAGAGACCAAGAUGCUGUCCCAGCCAUACUUGCUGGAUCCCUCCAUUACAUUGGGACAGUAUGUACAGCCCCGGGGUGUGUCUGUAGUAGACUUUGUGAGGUUUGAAUGUGGAGAAAUUGAAGAGGCAACAGAGGCCCAAUAGGUUCCAGAGACUUUUGGCCAAGGAGGAAAUUUUUUUUUUAGCUCUGGACAUCAGUACAAGAAGUUAUUUCCUAAGCCCUUUAAAACCCAGAAUGGUUUUUUAGUUUAUGAUGAAAUUAUGGACUUCACAGGUAAAGUUAUUAAAUAAAAUAAUUAUAAAAUAGAGAGUAGAGUGUUUUCCUGUUUGCAUGAUACCAACUUUAGCUUUUUUUUUGUUUUUGUUUUUGUUUUGAGACAGGGUUUGCUGUGUAGCUCAGGCUGGCCCUGAACUCACUAUGUUGCCCAGCCUGGCCUCAAAUGCUUGGUGAUCCUCCUGCCUCAGCUCGGAAUGCUGGGAUUAUAGGCGUGUGCCACCAUCCUGCCUAACUAGCUUUUUUGUGCCUUUCUUGUGACAGGGUUUAGGAAGCAACAAGAACAGGCAUCAGUUGUAUUGCUGCUUCCUUCAACAUAGAUUUAUUUUGGUGUCCCUGAAAUUCCCAGCUUAUUUGUUCGGUCUCACUUCUAUGACACAGAAGUCUCAUUCUGCUUUUGCUUUGUGACACCUUGGGCAAGCUUCUGGAACUUCCCCAGUUACAUCUGCCACGUAGGUUUCGAGACUGUUGAUUCAAACCAGAGUUGUCUGGAAAAUGGGGGUUCAUUUGAUGUCUAUAGCACCCUUUAAAGCACUUUUCGGUGCUCUUCUCACCAGUUCUGGUCGCAUCUGCAGAAAUUAGUAACACGUGGCUCUACUUCUCUUUUGGGUGUGGGUGAGUGAGUACUGAGGUUUCCUGGUCAGCUAUAGGGCAGAUUUUUGACAUUCUUGUGGCAGAAAUAGGAAUUACAGUUGUUAUCCAAAGAGCUCGCUCAACAUUGCCUGUUUAUUUCCUCAGUACGUUGCUCCCAACAACAUUACCAUAAUAAGCAAGCCCCAAAUACUGAGAAGAACUCUGUUUGCUCCUACAAGUAUCUUUAUUUGAAAAAUUAAAAAUGCUCUGGCACAUAA